AUAGUACUUUGUCAAGUUCGUUUACCAAGCAGCAGCCGGUGCUGAUAAUCUUCUUUAAACACUUGAGUUUACAACGAACCCAGAAGAUGACAACCAUCGAAAAAGGAGCAUAUGGGAAAACGAAAGAUGGAAAAAUUGUAGACAGAUACACUCUUAAGAAUCAGAAUGGCAUGACUGUUGAAAUCAUCACUUUUGGAGGAAUCAUCACUAAAAUCAUUGCCCCAGAUAAAGAUGGAAAAUUAGAUGAUGUUUGCCUGGGCUUUGAUAAUAUGGAAGGUUAUGAGGCAAAGCACCCAUAUUUUGGUGCUCUUGUAGGCAGGGUUGCCAAUCGUAUUGCUGGUGGAAAGUUCACUCUAGAUGGCAAGACUUAUGAACUGGCUGUGAACAAUGGACCAAAUCAUCUGCAUGGAGGGCUCAAGGGAUUUGACAAGGCUGUGUGGACCACCAAUGUAGAGGGGACUAAGCUUCACUUAACUCAUACUAGUCCAGAUGGGGAUGAAGGCUAUCCAGGGGAAAUGACCGUCCAUGUGACGUAUGAAUUGACCAGUGAGAAUGAGCUUAUUCUGGACUAUUCUGCUACCUCAACUAAAGCAACACCCAUUAAUCUGACCAAUCAUGCUUAUUUCAAUCUAGCUGGACAGGGUACAGCCAAUGUUUAUGAUCAUUAUGUCACCAUUAAUGCUGAGACUUUCACACCUAAGGAUGAAAACAGCAUUCCAACAGGUGAGAUUGCCAGUGUUGAGGGCACAGUAUUUGACCUCCGCAAGCCAGUAAGAAUAGGAGACAGAAUUAAUAAUGUUCCUGGAGAUAAGGGUUAUGAUCAUAACUUCUGUGUUGGAGAGAAGAGAGAGAGGAAACACAUUGCAAAAGUUGAGCACAGGGCCAGUGGUCGUGUCAUGGAUGUGUACACAGAGCAGCCGGGAGUCCAGCUCUACACUGGGAACUAUUUGGCAGGAAUCAGUGGCAAAGGUGGUGCCAUCUAUGGACAACAUUCUGCACUUUGCCUUGAGACACAAAAUUACCCAGAUGCUGUAAACAAGCCCAAUUUUCCCAAUGCCAUUCUGAAGCCAGGGGAGACCUACAGACACACCACCUCCUACAAGUUUUCCACUCAGGCUUAAGGCUUUCAUAAGAACCAUUUACAGGUGGUCAUCUACCAGUUAACACCCAUUUUAUAUGUGUUGUUACUAUCAGAUUGGUAUUUUUGAUAACACGAUUUGUUAUAAAGGUUGCCUGGUGACAAUAUGUCUUCCAUAGAUAUGUGUAUGUUUUUAUGUACCUACUUGUUAUCUGCUCUUGUUGCUAAACUCUGAAAAAUUCAUAGUUUAUUUACUAGCAUAUUCAGCAUAUGUGCCUGUUAUGAUGCAGUGCAGUAGUGCAAUUUAUAAAGUGCAAAUAAUGGUGUGCAAUGCUGUUACAUUAUGACGCAUUUUAAAAGGAUUAGUAUUUCCAUGUGUAGUAUGCAAUAAUGUUUCUGAUUUCAUUGCAUGGUUUUAGUGAUUUUUCAUCCUGAAAAAUUUAAAAUAUUCAUGUGUGAUUUGAAGUGCUUUUGGAUUCUUGUAUCAAGUUGGUUGUCAGCGGCUAUUUCAUGCUGUUUGUUAGUCUUAUUGAUAGAUAUAUUUUUUACCAAAGGUUGGAUCUUAAUUUGAUAACAUGUUAUGAUGUGCAAAUUUAAGAUAGUAUCUGAAUUAUACCGAGCAUCAUUUGGGUUUAUAACUUGAUCAGAAAGAAGUUUAUGUCUUAUAUGGUGCUACAAGAAAAUAGAAUGAUAGAUAUAGAUUAAGGUUUUGAUAAUGGUUUGAUGAGUAUAUUUACUGCUGUGUUUAUCAGUAUUACUUUUGUUUUAUAAUAAUAUUAUAACCAUGGUACAGUUCAGCCUGGGUUACUGAUGACUUCAGUCUUCACUUCUCCAUUGUGCCAAGAUAUACGUACUCUUUGAUUAAAGAAAUAUUUUAAAGAAACUGCCAAACUAACAAUGCAGUGGCAUAUAUAUUAUGCAAAUUUUGAUGAUUAAUAUGUCUCCAUUCAACUUACUAGGGGGAAAUAUCUUAAAAAAACGACCCAAUGUUUGAUUUUGAUUGAUUGUUGCGAUAUUGAAAGCUUUUGAAUAUUUUAUGCAUUCAAUUGUAGUGCCUUUGAUUGAUGGAUAAGGCUUGGUAGAAGUUGUAUUUUUUCCGCACCAUCACCGGUGUGCUUGUUAUGUAGGUGAUAGUAAAAAAUUCUACAGAUGAUUAUUUGAGAGCCGCCUACUGCCAUUUACAUUAAAUAUUGAUACAUUGAUAUUUGACAGUACUCCCAAUAUUGUAAACUGUCAUAAAUUUGUCUAUUAAAUUCCCUGAGGAAGAUUGGUAUAGAAAUUA